UCUUUUGUCCUUUUUAGUUCACUUUUCUCCCUCUAUACUUGUUGUCUUAUAAACAAACCCCUCUUGGCUACACUUCAUUCAUCUUCCAUUAUUCUCUUCUCUCCUUCACUAUUUUGGUUUCUCUAGAGUUAGCAUCAAAAUCACUCUAACCCCACCACCAUGCCUACCCAACACUUCCUCACUUUUUUCUUCUUCCUUCUCUUCUCUUGCAACACCCUCACUUCAACUUCAUCACCAUCAUUUGAAAAAGAAGAAACUUAUGAUUUUGUUCGUUCAAUAGACCCCAAAUUGUUACACCUAAACAACCAAGAAAAGCUAAGUCAUUUCAGAUUCUUUUGGCAUGACAUCAUGAGUGGAAAAAACCCUACUUCAAUUACAGUUGUACCACUACCAUUGAAGCUAAACACAACUACUUCUUUUGGUUUAGUCAACAUUAUUGACAACCCUUUAACUUUAGGACCAAAAAUGAGUUCUAAGCUUGUUGGAAAAGCUCAAGGGUUGUAUGCAUCUGCAUCAAAGGAUGAGUUUAGUUUGUUCAUGGCUAUGACUUUUGCUUUCAUUGAAGGAAAGUAUAAUGGGAGUACUAUUACUAUCUUGGGGAGAAAUUCUGCUCUUAAUAAGGUUAGGGAAAUGCCUAUUGUUGGUGGUACCGGACGUUUUAGAUUUGCAAGAGGCUAUGCUCAAACUAAAACUUAUCAAUAUGAUUCUCAAGAUACUACUGUUGAGUACAAUGUUUAUGUUUUUUACUAUUGAUUGUUAAUUAUUGUUGUUGCUCAUGUUAUGUUUAUUUCAUGAUUUGUGUUUGUCAUGAAAAAAACCUAUGAGAUGUUUGUCUUAGCUUUUACUAUGUUUAUGUCUAUGGUUCAUUGUUAUUAGAUAAGGAAUUAUCGUCGUUAUUAAAUUUUAUAAUUUGUACGUUAUUAUAGUCAUUUUAUGUAAGUCGUUGGGUAGAAGA